AUGAAAAAGACGCGCAUGUCCAUCGAUGACAUCCACGCAAUGGUCGGGAGUGUUCGUGCUAAUGUAGUGAACAUGUUUGUGACCAAUAUAUACGAUAUACAGGGGCAAAGCGACAGUGGCAGUGCUAAAAUAUACAUUCUUAAGCUACACCAGCCUCCAUUCCCUAAGCGUUUCUUGCUGCUUGAAUCAGGCGUCCGCUUCCACACGAGUCAGUACGCACGUGAAGCCAAGGCGUCUAAUGUACUACCGAGUCAAUUUACAAUGAAACUACGUAAACACUUGCGAGGUAAGAGGCUGUCGGCUCUGACGCAAUUGGAAGGAGAUCGUGUCGUGGACUUGACGUUCGGCCAGGGCCCAUUGAAGUGUCAUUUGAUCCUAGAACUUUAUGCUUCGGGUAAUAUCAUUCUUACGGAUGGGGACUACCGUAUUUUGUCGUUGCUACGCACGCAUCGCUUUGAUGAGAACGUCAAGAUGGCGGUCAAACAGGAGUAUCCAGUACAACUACUAGGUGAUCAGGAGAAACAGCCCGAGAUACAGACUACUGCACAGCUUGUAACAUUUGUCAACAGAAGAUUUGAAGACCAGGAGGCAAAGACAGCUGCUGCGCUGUCCACUCCAGACAAGAUGCAGAAGAAGAAGAAAAAAGCGCAGACGAUCAAGCAACUACUGCUCGUAAAAGAGUCGACGUUCGGUGGCUUAGGUCCUGUAAUCAUUGAACACUGUCUUGUGCGUGCGGAUAUCUCACCCACGCUAAAGAUUAAGAAUGCUGCAGAGUUUACGGCACUAGGUGAAGACAAGCUGACUGCAUUGUUGGCCGAGAUCCAAGAGGGGUGGAAGUUACUAAAAAGACUCCGGGAUGAACAGACGUCUGUAAAUGGACCGGUUCCUGUCCAAAGUGACGAGAAGACUACUGAUACUGGAGAUGACAAUCAUGAUGAUACUGUUCUUCCCGCUGCUAUAAAGGAUUUCUCCGCUGUUAAACAAAAGUGCGGAUUCAUUAUUCUAAAGGAUUCAGCAGAUGAGCGUGCCCCAGAGCAAUUUGAGGAGUUUACACCAUUCUUGUACGCGCAGCAUUCGCACAAGAAGGUCAAGAGUUUUGACACGUUUGACGAGGCUGUAGAUGAGUACUUUUCGCGCUCCGAAGCGGAGACGGCAGAGAUGGCAAAGCAAAGUGCGCAGCUUGCGGCGGAAAACAAGCUUGCUAAGCUUAAGAAAAACCAGCAGCAACAGCUUGAUCAGUUGCACGAGGUUCAAAAGCAGAGCUUUCAGCACGCCCAGCUGCUUGAAGCCAAUCAACAGGACGUAGAGAAUGUCCUCCUUGUUAUUCGUAGCGCGUUGGCCAGUGGUAUGGAUUGGCGCGGCCUGGAAGAGCUUGUACGCUACGAGCAGAAAAUUGGCAAUCCCGUGGCAAGUCUCAUUCACCAACUAGAUCUUGAGCAUAAUCGCGUGUCACUCUUGCUCUGCGAUGAAGAUGUGGGUGACGAGGGCGAAUACGGAGGUGAUGGUACUGGCGAGGAAGACAAGAUGGCACACGUUAUCUGGAUCGAUUUGUCGCUAUCGGCGCUUGCCAAUGCACGUGAAAUCUAUACUAAGAAGAAAAAGGCCGGUGCAAAGGUGGAGAAGGCCACGGAAGCGACCGAUAAGGCAAUUGCGCUAGCUGAGAAGAACACCAAGAAAACACUGGAAAAGCAGCAAACAAAGCGCAACGUGAUCUACCAGCGACGUAAAACGCUCUGGUUUGAGAAGUUUCAUUGGUUCCUUACCAAUGAAAAAUACCUGGUAGUUGCAGGAAAAGAUGCUCAGCAGAACGAGCAGCUGGUCAAGCGCUAUCUACGCAAAGGUGACGUAUACGUCCACGCCGAUCUCCAUGGUGCUGCCACGUGCAUUGUGCGUAAUCAUGCUGUUAUGAAGGAUGAAAAGACCCAUGAGCUACCCCCUAUUCCUGUGGCCACGCUUGAGCAAGCAGGGUGCAUGAGUGUGUGCCGCAGUAGCGCCUGGACUAGUCAGGUGAUUGCUGGGGCCUACUGGGUGCAUGCAAGCCAGGUCUCAAAAACGGCACCAACAGGCACGUACCUUACGACAGGUAGUUUUAUGGUCCGUGGCAAAAAGAACUUCAUCCAGCCGUCUCGUCUUGAAAUGGGCUUAGCGAUUCUCUUUCGCAUUGACGAAAGCUGUAUAAGCAGCAAUCACGCACGCCAGAGUGAAGAAAGAGUGGUAUUAGAUGGUUCUGAUGAUGAGAAAGCUGUAAAAGCCGUGGAAGAAACUCAGUGUGUGUUUCCAGUAGGAAAAGCGCAAUCACAUACAGAGGAAGUGGACACUUCGGAAAAGGAGACGGACACAAUUUUGUCUACCGCUCACAAUCCUCAAGGUGCUGCAGAGGCAGUGGUUGCAGUGCAAGAGAACGGGCGUGAUGAUGGAGUGGUUGAGGCAGGCACGUCCGCGCAGCAGCCUCAUCGCGAUAGCAAAAAGCGUUUGUCGGCUAAAGAGCGCCGUGACUUGAAAAAAGGAAAGAUGCCAGCUGCUAAAGAUACCAUUGCUGAGCAGCCUUCUGGAGAGGAAAAACAAGCACAGGGAAAAUGCGUUGGUGAGGGAAAAGACAAGAGUGCUGUUCAAACGCUACAGCAGAAGAAAAAUGUUCGUGGUAAGAAGAGCAAGAUGAAAAAGAUGAAGAAAAAGUAUGUUGACCAAGACGAUGAGGAUCGUCGGCUGCGAAUGAAGGCACUGGGUCACGUUGUUGGAGAAGAAGGACAGGAAGACAGGGAGCAGAGUAAGGAGAACGUUUCGGCUGGACAAUCUGGGGAUGAGGAUGACGAAGCCACUUCCGCUACGAGGACGGAGACAAGUGAAGAAUACUUUCGCCAGCAGCGCGAGAAAAAGGAAAAGUUCCUGGAAGAGCAGGAGGACGAGGCUGAAGGUAUUGAUUUUUUCGAUGCGUUUAUAGGCGAGCCGUUGCCGAAUGACAUUGUGUUGUUCGCAAUGCCCAUGUGUGCCCCAUAUGCCGCGCUGACAAAAUACAAGUACAAGGUGAAGCUUACACCUGGUAGUCAAAAGAAGGGCAAGGCGGCCAAGCAGGCAAUGGAGCACUUUUUCGCAUCCAAUUUAAAGGAUGAAAAGGACGCUACGAAAAUGCACAGCGAAGCAGACGACGAGGCCCAGCCGGACGUGAAUCCAAUUGCGGCUCAGCGCGAGCUCAUGCGGUGCAUCACGGAGAACGAACUGGUGAGCUGUAUGGUCGGCCCCGUUAAGGUCUCGGCGCCAGGACUGUACGGCCCAAAUGCCGGUGGCAAGAAGGGCAAACGCCCAUCCGGCAAACCGAAGAAAAGAAGCAGAAAGUAA